AAGAUUGCUAUGAUGUGAAAGCACCAGCUAUGUUCAAUAGAAGAAAUAUUGGGAAAACACUAGUCACAAGAACUCAAGGAACCAAAAUUGCAUCUGAUGGCCUCAAGGGUCAUGUGUUUGAAGUGAGCCCUGCUGAUCUACAGAAUGAUGAAGCUGCAUUUAGAAAAUUCAAGUUUAUUACUGAGGAUGUUCAGGGUAAAAACUGCCUGACUAAUUUCCAUGGCAUAGAUCUUACCCGUGACAAAAUGUGCUCCACAGUCAAAAAAUGGCAGACCAUGUUUGAAGCUCACGUUGAUGUCAAGACUACCGAUGGGUAUUUGCUUCGUCUAUUCUGUGUGGGUUUUACUAAAAAGCACAACAAUCAGAUUCAGAAGACUUCUUAUGCCCAGCGCCAGCAAGUCCGCCAGAUGUGCAAGAAGAUGAGGGAAAUCAUGACCCGAGAGGUGCAGACAAAUGACGUGAAAGAAGUGGUCAAUAAACUGAUUCCAGACAGCAUUGGAAAAGACAUAGAAAAGGCCUGCGAAUCUAUUUAUCCACUCCAUGAUGUCUUUGUUAGAAAAGUAAAAAUGCUGAAGAAGCCCAAGUUUGAACUGGGAAAACUCAUGGAGCUACAUGGUGAAGGUAGUAGUUCUGGAAAAGCUACUGGGGAUGAGACAGGUCCUAAAGUUGAAUGAGCUGAUGGAUAUGAGCCACC